AACCUCUUUUGAUUCUUGUUAUGUGAUAUAUGUACUUAAAUAAAAUAUGUUCAUUUGGCAAUGCUUGAUAACUUCAUUACAUUCUGCUUGCAAGUAAUUCUACUAUAGAAAAAGAAAAAGAAAUAUACAUAUAUACAUUUAAUCACUAUCUGAGUUUGAUUCGCAUUGCUAAGUUACGAGUGAACAGUUGUAGAAAUUCAGUUGUACCGAGUGAAAUAUAACCUUUAAAUCGUUGAAAAUGAUAACAAAUGGUUGUAGUAACUUUUCUCAAAGUAAUCGAGAAUUAUGAAGAACCCUACAACAAAGCAACUCCAACGGUUGGAAAAGAAGAAGAAGAAAAUGGCUGCUCUUUUAGAGAUUAUCAAAUUGAAUGACAAAGACAGAGAAGUUAAAACGCUUGCUCUUAAACAAACUGAAGCAGGACAAACUAAUUCAGUGAAUCACUCAGAUGAAAGUCAUGGAAUAUUAAAUGAUGAAAGCCCAAAUCGUAAACGAUCAUGUUGUAUAGCAUUAGACGAAACUCAUGAUGGAAGAAAUAAUGAAAUAAAAGACAAAGUUUAUAGUAUUGAAGAAGACGAAGAAUGUACUAACAAAAAGCCUAGAUUAUCUGGAGAAGAUUACGCAAAGUUAAAAAAAGAAUUAAGAGAACGCAAGAAGAUACUAAAAACCAAACCUCGAUUACAAUUAAAGCAAGCUGGUGAAAAUGCAAGCUUAAAUACUCAUAGCCAAAAUGCAGAUAGAAUUCCACUUUUUCUCAGUGAUAUACAACAUUUGUUAUUAUAUUCAUUACUCGGUCAUCACUCACCAUAUGCACCAACCAGAUGGUGCCAACUUGAAAAAUACAACAAGGUCACGCAUACUAUAGUUUUUAUAGUGGAAGGCCUUUCAUUAUAUCAUUUUAUGGCUUAUGAAAGCAUAUUUUUUCAUAUCACAAAUAAUUUGGAAUUUCGUUUGGAAGUAAUGACACCAGCAGCAUAUGGUGGUUCUAUAAUAGAAGAACUUGUAGCAGUGCCACUAACAGGAACACAAAGUGACAAACUAAUUAAACAAUUUGGCUCUUUAGACAUUGCGUUACAAAAUGCAACUGAUAUAAUACAGUUAUUAAAAACGGUGUUCCCUAUGCAUAUGGCUACAAUAAAUUCUACAAAUAGAAACAGUAAUCUACCUCCUACUGAUAAAUUUUCUAGAACACAAUUGUUACUGUCUUUACAACAAAUGGUUGAAGAAAAUUACCCAGUGCCACUGAAAGGAGAACUAGCGAAAAAAUAUGGUGAAUACAUAUUCACAAAAGAUAAUUACUUUGAGGCAACUGCAAAAUCACCUAUGUUUGCUUUGGAUUGUGAAAUGUGUAGAACAAUUACUGGAAAUUUGGAACUUACAAGAAUAUCUCUUGUUGAUGAAAGCUUUAAUGUUGUUUAUGAGACUCUUGUUAAACCUAAUAAUCAAAUCAUCGAUUAUUUGACUCAAUACAGUGGUAUUACAAAAAAAAUGCUAAGUAAUGUUACUACAAGGUUGACAGAUGUACAAGAAAAAUUAAGAGAGAUACUUCCUGCAGAUUGUAUCCUUGUAGGACAGAGUUUAAAUUCUGACCUACAUACACUAAGAAUGAUGCAUCCAUACAUCAUCGAUACAUCUGUUAUCUUUAAUAUUACCGGCGAACGAAAGCGUAAAACCAAGUUACAAAUUUUAGCCGGAAAAUUUUUAGGUGAGAGUAUACAACAAGGCAAUAGUGGUCAUUGUUCAACAGAAGAUUCAAUAGCUUCUAUGAAAUUAACACAGUUAAAAUUAGCUAAUAGUAUAGAUUAUGGAGAUGCUGUUCUACGCGGACAAUGGGAUAUGUAUGCAUUAAAAAUGGAAACUGGUAAUCAAUCUAUAUCUCAACGAAAAAUGAAGAAAUUUGAAAUAAGUAAAUAUGCCACAUCUAUAUUUAAUUAUGUAGCUAAAGAACAAAGGACUGCAACUAUUAUUGGUACUGAACAAGUUAUGAAUGAAUAUUCUAAAUAUUUCAAGUCUUCUUCAUUGAACGUUAGAAAUGAUGAAAAUUAUAACGAAGGUGAUCAGAUACGUCUAGUGAUAGCCGAUAACGAUGAGCAAGCAGUAACGCGAGCCUCUGAAAUAGCAUUGCAGCAUCAAUUUAUUGUGUGCCAUGUUAAAAUAAGGGAAGAACAAUUACAAAAUGAACACAUUGAAAAAACAUUUCGUACCGUGAAUAAAUGGAUAUACAAGCUCUGGCAACAGAUGGCCGUACAUGGUCUAGCGUGUGUUGUAUUUAGUGGUCAAGAAAAUGCUGCCAACGGAGCUUGUUUUUUAGAUGUGAAAAAAUGUGUAGCGGAGAAGUAAUCUGCGUGUAAAAACAAAACAAAAAAUGGAUUCAAAACUAUUUAUAUAGAAAAAAAUAAAAUAUUAUUUUUUUCAUAAUAAUACAGACUAUUUAAAAGACGAAAAUGUUUAAUCAGUGUACGACGAUAUGUUUCGUUUCGAAACUGUAACAAUUUUGUUACAUAUUCUUUUUACUGAACUAUAAUUUUAUAAUUAACAAAUAAUAAUACACAACAAUUUAUAUUUAAAAUGUCUAAUAAUUGAUUUUAACAAAAAUGUACAUCGUUUAUGAUUACGGAAUAUGAAUAUCAUAAAAUAGAUACAAGAGACGAACUGAAAAAAAAAUACUCCCAUAUAUUCUUACUUUCUUUUUUAUUUUAAAUAAGCUAGUUCAUUUUUAUUUAAUUUUAAUAUGCUUCAUAUAUUUAAU